AUGAUCACUGGAGAUCGCUACUCGAACUGCGAGCCUCACCUUGCCACCUAUUGCUGCAAGUGUGAGAACGACAACCUCGCAAUUUUCUUCCACAAGUGCAGAGAUUGUGAGAUUGAAGCCGAGAAGUCCUAUUAUCUCGACCCCAUUCGCAUGAGCGUCACGAUCAAAAAGUCCUACUAA